AUGCUCCGUCUCAGACGAUACCGGGUGUUGCUAGUCUGCGCCUUUGUUAUUACCGUGCUGCUCUAUCACGUCUCCAAAAACUCACAAUGGGACCAUUCGAGGGAGAUAUGGCACGGCAAGACGGGUACCAAUACACAGACAAGGCCCGAUCCCCAACCCGUACCGAAACCAGAACCAGCUGGUGGCCACGAGCACGAGCACGAGCACGAGCACGCUGACGACCACGAUCACACCCACGACCGUGACCACGACUAUGACAACGAUCCCGAAGGGGCGCAGAGGCCGCAUUAUAACCCUCCCCCGGUCCCACCCCACAUUCCGGGCCCGGAUCCCACCAUCAAGAUUCCUCCACUCAAGACAGAGGACGGGGAGAAAGGGGCUUACGGUCUACCCACCAAGCCGGCGACAGUGCCGGAUAGGGAGCCCCCCUCUAACCACGACCAGUACCAGAAGCAAAACGAAGAUGCUGAAAUACAGGAGGCCGAGCCCACCUCCACAGUCGUCCACUGGCAGAAGCCUAGGGAGUGGUUCCCGGUGCCCAAGGAAUCGAUCAUCCCCCUCCCCACCGGCAAGCCCAAGUCUAUCCCGUCGGUGCAGUUCGCUUUCGCCGAAGAAUCCCCCGCCGCCAAGGAGAAGCGCCAUGCUCGCCUGGCCAAGAUCAAGGCAGAGGCCGAGCAUGCCUGGUCUGGUUACAAGAAAUAUGCCUGGACCCACGACGAGCUCAUGCCCGUUAGCAAAAAGUCAAAGGACCCCUUCUGCGGCUGGGCGGCAACUCUCGUUGACUCUCUCGAUACUCUCUGGAUUAUGGGCAUGAAGGACGAGUUUGACGAUGCCGUGAAGGCUGUCGCGGACAUUGACUUCACCACGACGCCCUACCGUUCUGAUAUCCCCGUCUUCGAAACCAUCAUCCGCUAUCUGGGGGGUAUGAUUGGGGCCUACGACUUAACGGGCAAAGACGCCAAGUACAGCAUCCUGCUAGACAAAGCUGUUGAGCUUGCCGAGAUUCUCAUGAGCGUCUUCGACACGCCGAAUCGCCUGCCCAUUCUUUACUACCAGUGGAAGCCCUCGUACAACGAGAACCCGAAACGGGCAUCCACCAGCUCCGGUGUGGCCGAGCUCGGUUCUAUGAGCUUGGAGUUCACCCGCUUAGCCCAGCUCACGGGCAAAAACAAGUAUUAUGACGCAAUUGCCCGCGUCACCGACGCUUUCGAGGACCUCCAGAACCGCGAGCACGGCACCGCCAUCCCCGGCGUUUUUCCCGAGCAACUGGAUGCUUCUGGCUGCAACCGGAGUGCCACCUUGCCGUCUCCGGCCUUGCAGGGGCAGGCCAACGAUGAUUUGCGCCGCGCCCCUGCCGGAUACGAAGUCCGGAGCGCCGACAGCCCCGCAGACGCAGACGCAGAGGUCAACACAGGGUUCCACCGGGGACCGCAGAAGCGAAACGCUUCCCCCAGUAGCGCCUUGGCCCCGGGCGAUGGAAACGAGUUGCCCGCGAAUUGGGAGUGUGUCUCACAGGGUCUGGUAGGCACGGGCCGGGGAGGUGCGUACAGCAUGGGGGGCAGCCAGGACUCAACGUAUGAGUACUUCCCCAAACAGUACCUCAUGCUGGGCGGACUCGAGACCAAGUACCGCACCAUGCACGAGAAGACGGUCGAUGGCGUGAAAAAGCACCUCCUCUUCCGCCCCAUGGCCGAAGGCGACCCGGACAUUCUCUUCUCGGCCAAGGCGUACAGCACCGACGGCACCACCAAGAAGAUGACCUACGAGUGGGAGGUCACGCAUCUGACCUGCUUUCUGGGCGGUAUGUUUGGCCUCGGCGGCAAAAUCUUCGACCGCCCCGAGGACGUCGAGAUUGGGAAGAAGCUCGCCGACGGCUGCGUAUGGGCAUACGAGUCGAUGCCCGCUGGUGUCAUGCCUGAAUACGCCACUCUCUUUCCUUGCAAAGAUCGAGAGGACUGCCACUAUGACCAGGCAGAGUGGUAUGCGGCUCUCGAUCUCAGUGCCGGGCGACGCGAAACGGAAUUGGCCGAUUACUAUGAUAAAAUGGCCGAGUGGAAGGCGCAGGUGGAGGAGCUCAAGAAGGAGCACGCGCUACGGAAGCAGGCCGAGGAACGGAAGCGUCAGGCCGAUGCCCAGAUGAAGGUUGCCGCGGAAGCGGCCCGGACAAAGCUCCCGGAGCAAUCCGACGACUCCUUGUCCAAAAUGGAGGAGAAAGACGCAAUGCCAGCAUCGGGCAGCCAGAAGCGGGAUGUCGUGGAGGGCCGUGAAACCCCUUCCUCUGCCACCACCGCUGAAGAGAAGACGAAGAAGCUCCAGAGCAGCCUCGGCCUUAACUCCAACGGCGAAGAUGCUUCAGACCAGAAGCCCAUAGGCGAGCUUGUCCUACCGCCCGCCCCAACCAAGCCCGCCACGCACCAGGAAUACGUCGAGGAGCGCAUCAAGAACGAGGGCAUCCCGUCGGGCUUCGUCAACCUCAGAGACAAGCGGUACAUUCUCAGGCCCGAAGCCAUCGAAUCCGUCUGGUACAUGUACCGCAUCACGGGUGACCCGUCGUGGCAGGAGAAGGGCUGGCGCAUGUUCGAGGCCGUCGUGCGCGCCACGCGCACCGACGUCGGCCACAGCGCCAUCCGCGACGUGACCACCAAGGACCCCGGCAACGCCGGCGACAUGGAGGACAGCAUGGAGAGCUUCUGGCUCGCCGAGACCCUCAAGUAUUUUUACCUGUUAUUUGAAACUCCCGACGUCCUGUCCCUGGACGAGUGGGUGCUCAAUACCGAGGCGCAUCCCUUCCGCCGGCCGACGUGA